AUGGCUACUCCGACUCAGAUGAAGCAUGCCGCUUCGCAACAAGGCCGGACACCUUCGCAGCUUGCUGCAGCGACACCACCGGUCUCGACACCCUUCUCAGCGUCCCAGACCCAUGCAGCCUUCUCCCCAAGGGGUCCUCGGUCUUCGCCUCAGCAGUUUAAGAAAUCGCCUGCGACCUCGACUACUCUUAUGGGACACCCUAAUGGCGCUCUCAACUUCGACAGUCCGUCUGCCGCAGCAGCUAUGGGCGCCCUUGGAAUAAGCGGCGGAUUGGAUAUUGGCUUGGAUCAUGUUGGUGUCGGAGGAUUCGGUGGUCUGGGAGGAAUGGGCGAGGAUGACAAGAUCAAGCGCCUGGAUUCGGUCAUUGAUAUUCUUGGGAAAGCGAAAGGACGAGUGAGCGAAGCGGGCCUCGAGCGACUGACCCUCCGUACAGGUCUUACUAGCAUCUGGGACGAGCACCGGUCGCCCGACGGCAGGAAGACCAAGAUGCUUGUCAUAGCAGGACAGGCCCUGACGGUGGACAUUGUCUUGAACAACAACGUUGUGGAGAACGUCUCGUUGACGUUCCCGGAGUCGGCCCCAAUCGUGACGAGGCACAAAGACCAAGCCGCCAAGAUUCUACUCGAGGAUCUCCAGCUUCGGCCGGACCAAAGUCCUCUGACCAAGACCCUGGACAAAUUCUCUGAGAAUCUGGAGCGCCUCGCAAAUCUUGACAAGCUCAGUGUCAUCCCCGGACUUGACUGCCAGGAGGCUCUGGCUGGCAUCUUUGAGUGCUUGGAGCGUCUCUUCCGUUGGGAGCUGUCGAAGCUGCAGGAAGAUGCCGCGAUGGGCGGGAAGCCAGCGCGCUUUCUUCAAACCACAGUCAAGUGCAUGAAAAGCGGUCGCCCGAUGAUGCACGCCAGAGACAUGGUCGGCCUCAGUGUCGAGUAUUGGACGGAAAGACGUCAUGUCAUACCCAAGACGGAGACCGUCCGAUACUGCGAGAAGCAAGAGAAGGUCUGGUCCAUUCUCAUAGCCUGCAAAGCGCUAGAUGACGGAGAGUUAUUCCCGCCCGUCCGCGUAUCAGAGAGCUGGAUAUCCCAAAAGGUUGUUGCUGAGCCUGGUCCAGACGACAUCCUUGCUGGCGCAUCGGGCAUCGACUGGCAGGAGCCAGAGGCGACGAGCCUCCCGCAAACCGACGACAACAAGGACAAAGGUAUGGAUAUGGUGGGCCCAGAUGGCAGUACACAAAGACUUCCGAAAGUCAAGUUUAUUGCAACACUGGCCCCGCCAGUCAUAGUGCCACAAUCCGUGUGGAACAACUUGCACAGCCUGACAGGCGCGGCGUCCCAACCUAUGCUGGUCCCAAUCCACACGUUUGACAGCAUAUCCUUCCCUAUACCCGACGGGACCAACCACGAUGCGAGCGAACUUCGUGUCAUUUCUUGCCGGAGGGCGAUACAGGUCCCGGGCGACGGCAACACAAUCUCCCGAAGACACAAGAACACGCUUCUCAUUUACAAGCCAGUCUAUGGACAAACCGUAACUGAGCUCUCCUUUUCUCACCCUCGGCAACUUGUAGCCAUGCUACCCAUCCUUCGCCAGUAUGCUCUGAUAUCAACACUGCUUGAGAGGAGCUUCGGCUCAGACAUAUCUGGACAGCCACUGCCUGAGAAGGACCAGUCCAUCGAUACGGUCGAGGCGACGACGACUACAUCAGCUGAAUACGAGAUGUUUAUGUCCAACAAGCUUGGAGACAAUGAACAAGAGUUGACAAUCGAUGUUGUCUUGACUGUACAUCCGUCCGCUGGUUUACACGUCGUCUUCCCCUUCCGCAAUGCGACCGCCAACGUUGAUCUUCAGAUUCAGGAGAAUGGGCGGGUGCACAUCGUAUCGCAAAACAUCGUGCCCGCAGUUGAUGAGGAUGUAGCGGCAGCGGAUAAGGGCAAACACAAGCAACUUACUCCGGAGGAUCUGGGCAAGCUGCUUGAGGUGAUGGAAGACCUCUGCUCCUGGGCAGAAUGGAUUCGGAGGAAUCUUUCAUAA